GGAAGACGACACUGCCACUGCCACCUCCUAACCAGCCCGUUAGGUAAUGCUUCCCGUCCUUCAUACAACAACCACCACCACGACUGGAGAUAUCUCGUAGAACACAGUACACUGUACCCUACAAACAGUCGUUCGCCGCCCUCUUAUUACCCCGAAGAUCUCUCAUUGAGCGUUACGCGAUCCCGAUUCUUUUAUAGGAAUCGACCGAUUACCUGAUUCGACAGCCUGGCCACUUCCAUACCGUACAUCCACUCUCCCCCGCCGACCCAUUUCCACGAUUCCCGCUCGUAAUUAGCGAUUCCAGGCCAAUCUUACCUCUCUACUUUGGACAACUCUCGCCGUCAUCCCUCUUCGCUUUCACCGUCGUACUUGUGCUUCUUCCUGCAACCAAGAAACAUCACCUGCCGUUUCCGAGACAACCACAAGUGACCUACCAGUAACCAUGGCCGGAAAGGACGAAGAACACGAGGGUGCCUCCAUCUCUGAGCAGCUCAUUGAAGCUUGCCGGCGUAACAACACUGACCUCCUCUCGGAAAUCCUCGCCGACAAAUCCGACGAAGAAAUCUCCUCCCUUUUGAACAACACGACCACCGUGAUGGGCAACCACCUCUACCACGAAGCCGCGCUCCGUGGCAACUACGAGAUAAUCGACAUGCUCCUCGACCAACCAGGCUUUGAAUGCGAUCCCGUCAACCGACUCGAGGGCGACACCCCGCUGCACAGCGCAGUCCGAUGGAUCAACAGCGAGCCGGAAGCGCAGCGCGAGUUCGGCAACGAGCUGGUGGACAUGAUGCUGGAGGCCGGGUCGAACCCGCGCGUGAAGAACAAAGGCGGCUUGACGGCGUUGCAGUUGGUGGAUCCGCGGAACAAGGGGCUGAGGGAGCUGAUACAGAAGCACGAGUACGCCCUGCUCAACGCGGGCGAUUUUGUGAGUGCGGAGAAUGUCAAGCCACAGCAGGGCCAACAGGCCGUUUUGGAUGUAGAGGAGGAGGAUGAGGAUGCUGAGUUUAGUGGGAGUGAUGAUGAGGAAAGAGCUGAGUGGGAGAGGAGGAGGGCGGCAAGGAAGUGAAGGGACUCACAGGUUUAACAGGGGACUUGGUGAGACUCCCAGAGAGCCAUGUCUAGAUACCCGAAGAGACACCACAACAUUCAUUCAAGGUAGCAGCUCUGUGGAAGCGUGGACCGAAUAGCGCCGCUAGUGUCUAGGCUAUUUCUUACGGCCCCUCGAUAUAAGCUAGCAUGGAUAUCUAGCUGCACUACGGUUAGAUUUAUGCUUUGUGCUUGUUGCAGCAUGUAAAGCGAGCGAUAUCACUAAAGUCUAGAGCGGAGCAAGUGUCAUUAACACCGUUAGAGAAACUUGAGUUUUUAGAUCAAUAGUUAAUCAAAAUAAAAUAUACCUAGUCUUACUUGA